CGUUCUAAAAAGCAUCCGAAAUUUGUAAACGUUCUGAAAAGGAGAUUAUUGACAAAUUUUAACUUUUCUUCUAUUAUUUUUUUAUUUUAAACACGUGAUAUGUGAUUUAAAUGUUCUAUUGUUUUGUUUUUUCUUUAAAAAAUUAUAUAAUUUAUUUUUUGCAAUAAAAGCAGAUAUUAGUCAUAAUGGUAUUGUUAGGCGAAACAUUUCCAAAUUUUACCGCAGAAACACAAAAUGGUAAAAUUAAUUUUCACGAUUGGCUUGGCGACUCUUGGGGUAUAUUGUUUUCGCAUCCACAUGAUUUCACACCUGUUUGCACUACAGAAUUGGCAAAAGUUGCCAAAUUAAUGCCAGAGUUUAAUAGAUUGGGCAUUAAAGUUAUUGCAUUAUCAUGUAAUUCUGUUGAUUCUCAUCACAAAUGGAUUGAGGACAUCAAAAGUUAUGGAGAAAUAACUGAUGAAGAAUUUCCAUAUCCUAUAAUAGAAGAUGAAUCUCGCCGACUAGCAACGAUGCUUGGUAUGUUAGACCCAGCAGAGUUAGAUAGUCAAGGUUUACCUGUGUCAGCUCGAGCUGUUUUCAUAAUAGACCCGUCCAAGAAAAUGCGUCUUUCAAUUUUAUAUCCAGCGACUACUGGAAGAAAUUUUGAUGAAAUAUUACGAGUCAUCGAAUCACUUCAUUUAACUGACAAAUUCAAAGUUGCAACCCCUGUUGAUUGGAAGAAAGGAGAAGAAGUUAUGGUUCAGCCAAGUGUCACCGAAAAUGAAGCAAAAGAAUUAUUUCCAACUGUAAAGACUGUUAAUCUUCCAUCCGGGAAAACGUAUUUGCGAAUUGUAUCGCAACCAACAUAAAAAAUAAAGUGGGAUAAAAGACGUGAGAUAAAACAUCAAUAAGAAUAAUUUUAAAUUAAUUAUUGCAUAUAUACUUUGAUACAAUGUACACGAUACAAAAUACAGAGUAAUAAUGUCUGACAUUUUCAAUACUGAA